GUCCAGCACCAGACACACAGUACUUCUUCUUACAGAUCCCCAAGGUCAAUCCCCCUUGAACCAACUUCUCAACCCGCUGCGCUAUAUUAUCGAGAUCGAACAAGAAGAUCCACCCACCAGAUACAAAAACCCUUCAGUCCAUCACUUGCCCAAGAUGAGUAAUACCAAUACCUCCGAACAAGUGGAGUUCCUUUCCGCCCAAGACCUAAUCAAAGAAAACUUCCCUGAUAUCAUUGACACAUCCAAAUACUCGUCCGGCACUGGACUCCACCGAAUCAAUUUCAAAGGCAAACUCGAAUACUGGGAGGGUUUCCAACGGGACGUUCGGAAGGUAUUUCGAGAGAUUCCGUGGGAGAAACAUGGGGAGGCGCUGACCGUGCGACUCAAGACCCGUGAAGACCUCCAAUGGACGGAACAUUUUCUGUGUGGGGCUGAAAUCUCGACCAAACGGCUUGCAUAUCCGAAGAAGAAGCCGGACGGGAAAAACGAGAGUGAUGAGAAACACUCCAUUCCCGAUUACGCGUUGAUCUGUAGGAUCCCCCGAGAAACAAGGGCCUUGGGGGAGGCCAAGCAUCCAUGGGGGACACAUCCGGACGUGGAUGUACAAGAUGCCCGGCGGGGAAUCCAGUUGCAUGAAAACAGACUGCGUCGACUUUUGGGACAAAUCUCCCGGGAUAUGUGGGCAGCUAAGCUAAAGUUUGCCUUUAUGACUAAUUAUAGGUGGACGGUCUUCCUACGUCGAGAGAUGGUGAACGGGAAAUGGACUCUCUACUACUCGGAUGCGAUUCCUCAUGACGCAGUGUCAGAUCUGGACGGUAAAACCCGUGGGUGUGUCUCAGUACGAGAGUGCAUGUUAUAUCUCGUUCACACUGUCUCGGGCGCCCAGCAUAUCUGGUCUUCUAAAAACCAGCCCCAUGAACCGCUCCCGGAAUGGGCUGAGGGUAUACCCAAGAGCAAGCCAAAAUCUGGAUCCACGGCUCAGCUACCCGCUCGAUCACGGCCUCUAAGUCCCACUGAUCUCCUCACAUGA